ACGUCACAAUCAGUGUCUCGCGAGACGCUGGUCGGCGGAUAUAAAAGGGAGAUCGGGAAAGUUGACAGAGCACAAGAAACUUCUAGUUUGUCCUCCGCCUUUGCCACAGCACAACGGUAAAACAGAGAGAAUCAUGCCUCCUGUGGAAAUAAUGAACGAGAAUGUAGUCACUCGAGUGGCCAAGCUGCCGCUGGUGAGCUCCACGUAUGGCAUGGUGUCAGACUUGUACAGUAACACCAAGGACAACCAUCCAACCAUCAAGUCGGUGUGCGAAGCCGCCGAAAUGGGUGUAAAAACGAUCACUUCAGCUGCCCUUACCGGCGCCAUGCCGAUCAUUGGCAAGCUGGAACCUCAGUUUACUCUGGCUAAUGACCUCGCUUGUAAAAGUCUGGAUAAAAUCGAGAAGACCCUGCCAAUACUUCACCAGCCUUCUGGACAGCUUGUUACCAGUGCGAAAGACAAAGUCACUGAAACCAUGAAUGGUGCCAAGGAGACAAUGUCUCACACCCUGAGUCACGUGAUGGUCAGAACCAGAGGAUUAGUGCAGGAUAGCAUGGAGAAGACUAAACUUGUUGUCACUGGUGGUGUCCACACGAUGAUGGACAGCAAAAUGGCAAAGCUAAUGAGCAGCGGUGUGGACACUGCUCUGAGCACUUCAGAGAAUCUGGUUGAGCGAUAUCUGCCUGCACCUGAGGACAGUCAAGAAACUUAUGAAAUAAAUGUGGCCAAAGGUUUUGAUGAUGAGACCAACGAACCCAGCUACUAUGUGCGCCUGGGCUCAAUCUCCACCAAGCUGCGACAGAGGGCAUAUCAGAAGGCUAUCAGCAAGGUUCGUGACGCCAAGAACAACAGCCAAGAAUCCAUCUCUCAGCUUAACCGUACCAUGGAUCUGAUCGAGUACACAAGGAAGAACAUUGAUGGUGCCAACCAGAAAGUGAGUAAAAAACUCAGUGCAUUGAUGGACUGGAAGCCUACAUCUCAGAGCGAUGAGGACACAGACAACAAGGCAGAGCUAAUCGAGUCCCGGACCUUGACCAUCGCUCGCAACCUGACGCAGCAGCUACAGACGACUUGUUUGUCCCUUGUGUCCCACGUCCAGGGUCUGCCACAAAACAUCCAAGAGCAAACACUGUUUAUUAGUUACAUGGCCAUGGACGUAUACAGCAGGUUUAACAAUGCUGCAGCUCUGAGCGACCUGUCCGACACUAUGCUCAUUAGCACUCGCAGCCAGCUGACGCGAAUGAGAGAUUCCAUUGACAACGUCAUGGAUUAUUUGGUCAAUAACACACCACUCAACUGGCUGGUGGGUCCGUUUUACCCUCGCCCAGAACCAAACAGUAAAUCAAGAAGCCAGUCCAGUGAAGAGAGCAGUGUCAAGCCUGAAGUGGAAAUGCAGCCACUUAAUCAGGAACAUUAGAUUACUAACAAGGAGGUCUUUGCAAUGUUUUUAAAAGUUCUGAAUGUCUAUUCUUUACUAUAAAAUACUGCUAAAUCUAUAACUCUACUACUAUCUCUAUCUUUGUCAUAAACACAUGAAAUAAAUAAUCUGCAGUAAUUACACCAGCAAUGAAUACAUGAAUAAUAUACAACACACAACCCAGUUAACAAAUGUUUUAUUCUUAUAAUCAGCAUUAUAACCAUAAGUUUCUUAUGUUUUGCUUUUGUACUGUCUUUCUAAUAAAACCAUAAUUAUAUAAAUAA